AGACGUUCUUUCUCACAGGCUUGGUUUCACCUUAACACCUGCGGCAGGCCAGUUUCAGUCAGAGGAGAGGCCACAUCUGCUUUUCUGUAGGCCCUCGCGUUAGAAGCAUGCAUGGCUGGCUGCUCCUGACCUGGGUCCAGGGGCUGAUACAGGCUGCCUUCCUUACUGCAGGAGCCACGGCAGGCACCAUAGAGACAAAGGGGAACAUUUCCGCAGAGGAAGGUGGCUCUGUCAUUUUACAGUGUCACUUCUCCUCCAACACAGCUGAAGUGACCCAAGUCAACUGGGAGCAAAGAGAGCAGCUUCUGGCAAUCUAUAGUGCUGACCUGGGGUGGCAUGUCUCUUCAGUCUUCAGUGAGCGCGUGCUCCCGGGCCCCAGCCUAGGCCUCACCUUCCAGUCGCUGACAGUGAAUGACACCGGGGAAUACUUCUGCACGUACCACACCUAUCCUGAUGGGAUUUACAAGGGGAGAAUAUUCCUGAAGGUCCAAGAAAGCUCAGUGGCUCAGAUCCAGAGUGCCUUGCUUGGAGGAGCCAUGGCUGCAGUGCUGGGACUCAUCUGCUUAACGGUAACAGGGGUGACUGUACUGGCUAGAAAGAAAUGUAUUAGGAUGCAUUCUAUGGAAAGUGGCCUUGGGAGAAUGGCAGCUGAGCCACAGGCAUGGAACCUUGGGAUUCUCUCAUCCCCCAGAGACCCUGUAGAGACAGAAGCUGCCCCUGCUGGCCUUCGAGGAGAGCAGCCAGAAGAUGCCUAUGCUGAACCACAGGACUACUUUAAUGUCCUGAGCUACAGAAGCCUAGACAGCAUCAUUGUCCCAGUGAAGACUGGCUAGAACCCU